AUGUGUCCCGAUGCUCUGAUAGCCAUAGUAACGAAUCCUUUGCGCUUGUUGGUGCCAGACGUGGCGGGAAUCUCAAAGAAAUGCGGGGUUUAUCGGCCUGAAAGGCUCUUCGGCAACUGUCAGAUCGAUCAGAUGAGAGUACAGCGUUUCUACGCUGAGGCCAUUGGUCAGGAACCCAAAAAAGUCUACACGCCUGUCGUGGGUGGUCACGCAGAGACCACCACGGUACCUUUGUUCUCUAAAUCGUAUAUCCCUUGA